AUGUCAGCCGACAACAUUUUCUACAUUCAGGUGCUUCAUGUAAUAACAGCUGAGAAGCAAAGUCUCCCGUCCGUACCUGAUAGGAAGAGAUUGACCAAGCUGGACAGAUCGACGCAGCGGUGCCAUCGGCAAAGACGGUCGACCCAGGUCGACCUCCGAGGAAUACGAGCUGGUCUGCGUAAGCGAAGUAAUCGAACACUUCGCCGAAGACGUGGAGAGACCGAUAGCGACCUUGCCCGAAUGCCCGCGAUUACGGAGAAAUUGAAACUUGGAGACAUCCAGACCAACGACGACGAGAAGAGCACCUUCGAAGCCGUCGACCAACUGCGACGGAUCAUCCGAGGUCAUAAACACCGGCGGCUCGGAGAAAGAGCAACGCAUUGCCGUCGGCUGUGCGAGGGGCUUCUACAAUAUCGCCAUCGGGGGCGCAAAGCCUGUGGGUCAGUGUAUACGCGAGGUGGCGCUGCAUUUUCACCGGAAGUUGUCCGACCCGAUCAGGGGCCUGCUGUCAGUGAUGACCAUUUAGAUGUUCACCUCUCCAUCGCCGACAUCGGGUUCUGCACCGAUUAUCUAUUGGUGAACAGCUUGACGCAUCACAUGAUCUACCCCACGUUGGUCAGCGAUCUAUUGGAUCUACCUACGGCCUUUAGACGACGCGCUGUACAACUACCAGGGAUUCCGAAAGACAGCGAUUGGUCGGGAGCGAUGGACGGCUUCCAGUCAGGCGAGCCGGCCGACAGUUCUGAGCCGCCGAUGCUUUGGCAUCGAUCCUACGUUGACAACAUCUUGGAGGCCACGGAAUCCUGGGACGCGCUUCGGGAAGGUCGACCGACAUUUGGACGCUCGCGACCGGUGGAACGUGGCGAUCCGUGUCACCAGGCCCUCCUGGUGAUGUUGCAAGGUGGGUCACCUCGGACAUCACGUGUCCGCCGACGGCCUCGAGGCCUAUUCGAAGGAUCUGGAGUUGCUGGCGAGCUGCCGUUUCCGGGUACGCUGUGCUUGAUGCAAAUCUUCUUGGCGACCUCAACCACUAUCUUUACGACCUACGCGUCGAACCCGUACGAACUGGGGGAAGUCGACUUCUUCGAGAGGAUCGAAAGACGGACGAUGCGACUGGGGAUGAGGAGGUGGACGGUCGCCUAA